CGGAGCGCGAAACCCCGCCUUUUUGCUCGAAGCCCCGCCCUGGCGGCUCUAGGCCGUGCCGUUGCGGCCGCGGGGCGGGGUUGCCGCUUCCUCCCCGGCGGGGCCGAAGCCGGGGCACGGCCCAGGCGAGUCGCCCGCGGGGUGCGCCCGCCGCCCGCAGCAUGCACGGCGCCGCUAUCCCCGAGGACGUCUGCGGCCUCCUGGCAGAUGUCGACACGUUUAUUUCCCAGACCCUAAAAGGUGAAAACUUGUCCAAGAAAGCAAAGGAGAAAAGGGAUAUUCUUCUUAAGAAGAUAAAAGAUGUCAAGGCAAGUUACCCUCAAGAAUUCCAGGAUAAAGAAUUGGAAGAUGAGGAAGAGUCAGAGAGCUCCUUUUCUUCACCUCCUGACAGUGCCUCAAUAGCAUCUGACCGAUGUGAUAAAGAGGAUGAAGCACAUUCUGAUGGGAAUCAGUUUCCUCCUAUUGCAGCUCAAGAUCUUCAGUUUGUUCUGAAGGCUGGAUAUCUGGAAAAACGCAGAAAAGACCACAGUUUUCUUGGCUUUGAAUGGCAGAAGCGUUGGUGUGCUAUCAGUAAGACGGUUUUCUACUAUUAUGGAAGUGACAAAGACAAACAACAGAAAGGUGAAUUUGCCUUAGAGGGCUACACCAUCAGAAUGAAUAAUAGCCUUCGGAAGGACGCAAAGAAAGAUUGCUGUUUUGAAAUCUCCGCUCCUGAUAAGCGCAUUUAUCAGUUUACAGCUGCCACUCCCAAAGAAGCAGAGGAAUGGGUACAGCAAGUGAAAUUUGUAAUUCAAGAUAUGGAAUCUAAUACUAUUCCUGAGGAAGAGGAGGAAUAUGAUGAUGUUGGACAUGCAAGCAGGGAGCCAAUAGAUGACAGCAUUUAUGAAGAACUUCCAGAAGAAAAUGCUCCUCCAAAGACUGAAAUGCCAAGGAAAUGGAGCCAGGAGAAAGUGGACGCUGCAUCAGAUGGCAAAAAUACCGAUUAUGCCAAUUUCUAUCAGGGUCUGUGGGACUGCACCGGAGAUGUACCUGAUGAGCUGACAUUUAAGCGUGGUGAUGUUAUCUACAUUCUCAGCAAGGAGUACAAUAGAUUUGGCUGGUGGGUAGGAGAAAUGAAGGGAACCAUUGGCUUGGUGCCUAAAGCCUACAUAAUGGAGAUGUAUGAUAUUUGAGAGGCCUGGGUAAGUACAUUUUAAUCCAAUCUUCUGUAAUGGCUUGUGUGUUCCCUUGUUCUCUGUUUCUUAAGUAUUUCUUUCCUGGAACCUUUGUAGGAGUCCUGUUAACAUAAAGACUAUGGCAAAGUAUAUUGAAGGUUCAAUUUAAGCAUUUCUCCUGGGAUUCCAUACGAAUUAUUAAACUACAGUAUACGAAAGAUGAUGUAUUUUAUAACUGCAUUUCUUUUCCAGAUUUUGGGGGGUAAAACAAUAUUGGUAGUUAGUUCUGGUUAGUUUUGUUAAUUUACUGAUAUGUACGUAUUUGUGCAGAAAUCUGUGGAAAAUGGAAGGUGUUUGGACGGAAUUUUAUAUGUAUUUCUGAGGUUUUGGGGUCAAUGAUGAACUUCCAACUUCUCUGUCCCUUUUCAGGAGAAGUCUGCUUGAAAUCAGGAGUGGUGUGCAGCUGCAGUUUACAGACCUGACCUCUGAAAGAUGAAGAUUCUGCCGUAUACAUUUUGUGGUUUCAGUGAAUGUAGUCAGAUUGUAGCCUUGUAUAUGUUAAACGUUCAAAACAGCAAUUGAUCACAAUUCUGCGGAAAUGUUCUUGGUCCCUUUUUAUAGAAUUGUACUGCUAGGAAAUGAAAUAGAUGGUAUUUAACAUUUGGGGCACAAGCAGUCACAUAGCGCCUGUUGCUCUUAAGUAUAUUAGCAGCACUCUAUUGCUAUAGGCUUGUGUUCUAACCCAUGCAGUUUGGCUCUGUGUUUCCAUUACUCAGAUUGAGAAAAAUGGAGCUGAACUUUGAAAGCAGAAAACUAUUGCUCAGUUCACGCGUACGUUAAUUGCUGGAGUAGUUCACAUUUUUGCGGUUUCUAUGAAAAUCAAAGGAAAUUUCUAUGUAAUAUUGUAAGUCUUAAGGUUGUUCUGCUUCCAAAUGUGUUUUUUUGUUGUUCAUUUACAUUCUUCAAUUUUUUACAUUUCGGCCGAUGAUUUAUUUUUCUUCUGUAUUUAGCAUUGUUAAUAUGAACCAGUUAGGUUACAGCCAAAUGAAGACUUUGUUCUUGUGCUGAUGUACGUCAGUCUGUGUGGGGUAGCAUUCUGACUUGCUGAAUUACGAAUUAUUUUGGCAAAAAUAACGCAUUAGAACACUUUCUGGUAAGCCAACAUGAGCUGAAUUGCAGGUGGGAAUGAUUUUGUAGGUGGUGAUGGUGUAAUACUUUCAAAAUCUGACCUUGUAAAGGGCUGCUUGCAGUCUUUAAUGUCGCAUCCAGAACUCUAGCUAGGAGCAUCAGCUGAAGCAAACAGAAAGCCCCCUCUAAAAUACUCUCACUUGUGGACAAGGAGUUGGCUACGUCAGAGUUAAUGCUUGUUUGGGAGAUUUGCAUUGCUGUUAGCAUGCAGGAUCCUCUGUUCUGGAUCCUCCCAACCAGUAAUGUCUGAGGGCCAGGAGGGCGGCCUGAGUGCACUGAGCCUGGGCAGCCCCUGCACUUCUCACAUGCAUGCACUUUGGCAGCCCUGUGUGCGGGUGGUUUGGAGGUAAUGCCGAGCUGAACUCAGGGCUAGUAACCAAUUCAUGGUACUUUCUGGUACACAGGAUCCUAAUAGGAGGCAAACAGGGUGUGGGAUUUUUUAAUUUUUUUUUUUUUUAAGCAAUAGCCAUUUGCAGUGGGCUCUGUACGUUAUCAGUGAAAUGUUAAAAUGAUAGAUUAUAGUCUUCAGCUCUUUUACUACUUUAAUUUAUCAAGCGGACUGUGCACUGAAUGCAAAGCACUGCUCUCGUGGCUGCAAAAGCUCCCCUUUUCUGGCCGUCACGAAAUCCGCGCCCCGAGUUGCCUUCCCCCCGCCACGCCGCCCCCUGCGUUGGGGUCAGUAGGGCAGGGCCGACCCGCGCCGCGCACCCUGGCCGGCAGGUGGCAGCAAAGGGUCGCGGCGCGGCCCGGCCCUCCUGCGGGCUGCCCGGGAGAGGGCGCCCUCCCCCCAGCGAUGGGCCCGGCUCUGCGGCAGAGAGCCUUUGUCUGCGGGGGUAGCGCCCCCUCCUCGGGCGCAGGGGGGAGGCGAGCUGCCUGGCGGUCCAAGGAAGAAAGUCCCUCGGAGCGUCGCGGCUAAAGCAGCUGAUGGACUGUUCGCUCUCAAUCUAUGCAAAUACCAUCGCCUUUUUUGGAGAAAAAACCCUCCACUCGUGCUACUUUGCGCAAAACUCAGGGUUAAAAACGCCGAUUGCCUUAUUGUCGUUGUUGGCUCAGGUCUGUCUCGCUGCCCGUUCUGUUAAAUGUGGCGCUAAGACACGUUUUGUGCGGCAUUUCUCGCUUAUGUGCUCUGCUCUGCAUUUGUGCUGCGCUGCCAUUAGAUCUUACAGUAAUGUUCUACUCUGCAAAUUUUUAAGGUUCAAAUAAAGUUUAAUUGUUUGCAAACUGUUA